UGACCACCCGCUUGUUGCAUCCUUUAUAUGAACAUCAAUGACAAAAAACAAAAGAUAUUCUGCACGUCCAAAUCAUGGAGGCUGCAUAUCCGCUGCUCUAAGACAAAAACAUAGGCAGCAUUAGAGGUUUUGGUUUGAAACAUGUUAUUAUUACCCCUAUUAAUAGAGUGUUGCUGUUAGGGCGAUUAUGAGCUUAGGAGGGGAACCCCAGCUCAGAGGGGCCAAGCCACCACUUUUAAUUUUCGUCUACACAUUCUAAUCCGAAAGCCACUCUCAAGUUGAAAACAAGCCAUCUGUUCCUGCCCUCACCUGGCCUACAUUAGCUCCAGCAUACUCCAACUCUGGCUGGCUGCGAGAAAGCAAAUACACGUCCUGCACUGUCAUCAUCACUGUCAUACAGUGGAGUGGAUACAGUAGUGCCACAAUAAGGAGGGAUGCUGUCACGGCAACGGUGGAGAAAUGUAGCGGCAUAUGAGUUAAAAGGCUGUUAACUCACUACUGAGCAGCAUACACAGAGAGAGAGAGAGAGAGAGAGAGCCCCUGCUGUAAGGCUGAAGAUGCAUCUCAGUCAUGUUUUUUUUUUUUUCCUCCUUCGACCUCCAGCCACUGACAACAAAUCCUCCUCGAUUAGUCAACGAUGACAGAAUAGUAAGAAAUAAGGCACACGCAGGCCUUCGGGAUCUGUUUGCAACAUGCAUAAGGUGCGAUGCCCACCCAGUUCAAUACCAAGGACAGCGGUCGACGCGCGGAGAGCCUGACAGCCAUGACAACACAUGCACUACAAAAUGACAGAUUUAUUUCUGCACGGAUGCAUCGUAAGCAGCGACGAGAACCUGCCCCGAAUGACACUGCUGUUUCGGCGUGAGGCAUUAAAUCCUCGGCUAGUAAGCUAGAGACACAAGGGAGUGGCGUUAUCCUGACAACGGAGUAAUAAGUGAGGAGGGGCUGACUGGUGAGAGGAUUUCGUGCUAUAAAAGAGUGCUUCUUUGCGUUGGCCAACCCAAUAUGCGAGUCACUGACCGCUGACAGCCGGCAGCCCGCUCCUGUGUGCACCUGAGGACUAAGACAAGAAAAGGCAGCAUGGAUUUGGUGUCCUCCGUCCUAUCCACCCUCUCUCUUCCACGUAUGUCCCUGCUGGCUCCUGACCCUCCCGUCUCUCCAUCCUCACCAUCUCCCCCUCCUCCUCUGUCUCUGUCUCAGCACUCUGACACUCUGUGUGGCAGCUGCCCACCGUCUGGCUCUGCCCCACAGCCUAACAGCCUCUGGCCUAACAUGCAACAGUCAGGAGGUGGGUUCCCCGCGUGGCCAGGACAGCCCACCCAGCCCUCGCCGUGCUGGACUGGUCAGCCGAACACACCCUGUUGGCCGGGGACACAGCCGGCUCAGGUCCCAGUCCCUGCUCCAAUUGCGGUUUCCACUCCCACUCAAGUCAUAACACCACCCCCAGUACCAACCACAACUAUGGUCCCAACUCCAGCUCAAGUUCCAGCUCAGGUUCAAGCUCCAGUGCAGCCCUGCCAGCCAUGCUGGCCCGGUACCCAAUACCAACCUUUCCAGCCACCAGCUCCCAUUCAAGUUCCAGCUCCAGCUCCAGCUCCAGUUCCAGUUCCAGUUGCAGCACCUGCCGCUGCUACCAGCAUCCACCCAAGUGCACCAGGCUGGCCUGCCCACCCUGGUUGGCCUUACAACCCAGGACAGUCAGGAUGGCCCGGCCAGACUCCAUCUAUCAUGCCUCCACACUGGCUACCACCCACAUCUGGACCUCUAAGCGUGCCGUACAACUUGAACCUCGCCCGAGGGGUGUAUGAUAAAAUGAUGAUGACCAUCUUGGGCCACGUUAAGCCUAAUGCUAAAAUGUUUACAGUGAACUUUCUGAGAGGCAACGACAUUGCCUUUCACAUCAACCCCCGCUUCACUGAGGGGGGGAAACAGGUUGUGGUUCGCAACCACAAACUGGGUGAGCGCUGGGGCCCAGAAGAGAGGGACCUGAAGGGGCCGUUCCCUUUUGCUCUCGGGAGCCCUUUCGAGAUGAAGAUCCUGUGCACUCCUGAAGCCUUCAGGGUGGCGGUCAACAACAUCCCGCUGUUUGAGUUCGCUCACCGCGUCAGAGAGCUCAACCGGAUCGACAGAAUCAACAUCUUACAUGAUGUCGUCCUCACCUACGUCAACGUGGAGACGCUUCCCUGAGAAACACGUUGUUAUCAGAGCGUGAUUUUGUGUAUACCAAUGUUUUGUCGAUGCAGCAAAAACACAUUACACAUCGUAGAUAUGCUGAAGCCUGCAGGAACUAAAACUUUACAAUUAAUUUAUCACGAUACUUAGAAACAUGUUGGUGUGUUAGAUGUUAUUAAUAAAGACAUGAGCUGAGCUCAUUCUAUAAUAAGAAGCUCAAAUGACUCCCUGUGCCUAAUCUAUUAAUACACAUAUGCAUUUAUUUUAAACUAUGAAGGAAUGCUAAUUCUACUUCAGUAUUUAUUGUGCACAAUAUAUUCUUUAACAUUAAAAAGCUACUAACAGAUAAUUAUAUAAUUGAGAAUUAUACAUGUUUUAGUGUUGUUAAGUGAAAGCAAAUGACGUCUAUAAGACUGUUAACUGUAGUGAUACUUGAAUAAAAUGUAAGAAAUCCAA